AUGUUCCAGGCCGGCCGCUUUGUUUGCGGGCUUGGAAUCGGUAUCCUUGUAACCGUCUGUCCGAUGUAUCUUUCCGAAAUGUCGAGUGCUCUGCGCCGUGGCUGGCUUGUUGGUCACCACGCUAUUUUCCUGGUCUUUGGAUAUAUGCUUUCAGGAUGGGUGGGUUAUGCUUGUUACUAUGCAACAGGCCCCCUGUCUGGGUUUGGCUGGAGAUUCCCCCUUGCCUUGCAAUGUUUGCCCGCGUUGGUGCUGCUUCUGGGAUCUCCUUGGCUCCCGCGUUCACCCCGUUGGUUGAUUUCGAAGGGUAAGUUCGACGAAGCGCAGCAUGUUCUCCAACGGCUCCGUCAAUCACCAGAUGACCCGGACAACUUGGCUGCCAAGGAGGAGUUCUUCCAGACGAAAGAGCAAAUCCGACUCGAGGCUGAGAGAUUGGCUACUUAUGGUAACGUGUGGAAGGCUGUCGUUACAAAGAAGGCAUACAGAAAGCGGAUGGCUAUCGGAUUCCUUACGCAGUGGGGCGCUGAAUUUGGCGGACCUUUAAUCAUCAACAACUAUGCCGUUCUUUUAUACACAAACUUGGGAAUGGAGGGCGGUAUGCCUCUGCUCUUGAGUGCUGUCUGGCUUACGACAGCUGGUCUGAUCUACAAUCCUCUAGGCGCCUGGCUCCAUGAUAAAGUCAACUCUAGGCGCGGCAUGUACAUGACCGGCUUUGUCGGUAUUAUCAUCUCUACAUCCUGCCUAGCUGCUAUGACUGCCCAGUACGCCGGUACAACCAACAAGGUCGGAAAUGGAUUCGGUAUCUUCUUCAUUACUUUCUGCGACACCACUAUGUACCUCUAUGUUUCGGAGAUUUUCCCGACCGAAAUCCGUCCAAUUGGCAUGGGCUUCUCCCUCUUCGGUCAAUUUGCUUCCACCCUCAUCCUCCUGCAAACUGCCCCCAUGGGCUUCGGCAACGUUGUCAUCUACUUCUUCUUCCCUGAGACUGCUGGUCUCACCUUAGAGGAAAUUGCCCAAAACUUCGGCGAGGAGGUUGCUGUUAACCUCACCGGUGCCACGGAUGAGGAAAAAGCUCGGCUCGACCACCAGCUAGUCACAGGUGAGAAUGUUCAAUCACCUGUGACCUCGGAGCUAGAGAAAGAGACCAAGCCGUUGUCAACAAAUCAGACUGAACAGAACAUGUCGAAAGCAGAAUAA